AUUUUGGUUCAAGACGUCCACAAAUUUACGACAGAAAAGAUAAGAAAACUUGCCUGUAUUCACUUCAAACAUGCCUACAAUCAACUUCAAUCACAUUAUCCUGCUGAUUAUAUCCUGUGUUUAUCCUUGUCUCUGCUAUGACAAAGCAAAAGACAUAAUAUUUCUUCUUGACUCUUCUGAAAGUAUCGGCCAAAAUGUCUUCGAUAACCAGAUUAUUCCAUUCGUGGAGUAUUUCAUUUUCCAACCUUCACUGGAGCUGGGGAGGCAUCGUACGAAGAUUGGGGUGGUGGGUUUUGCUAAUGGACAACAUAUAGACAUAUCCCUAAACGGUUCCCGCACGAAGAACGAAUUAGUCUCCAAUCUCAAGGCGUAUUUUACCUUCCAUGGUGGAGCGACUGACACACACAAUGCCUUGACUCAUAUUCAGAAUGAACUUUUUACGACAGCGAACGGCGAUCGUGCGGCAGCGGAAAAUGUACUGAUCAUCAUGACGGAUGGUGGUUCCUCGAUGCCAUCAGUAACAUUGGCAACCAUUCACAACUUGAAAACCCAGGGAGUGUCGAUUUACGUGGUACCAGUCGGGAACUGCAAGCUUUACUGGAACGAAAUAAACAACAUGGCAACUAAUGCACACCACGUGAUUAGUGACCUGAAUUCUAUCGAAAUUCACUACGCAGCACACCUUCUUUGGAGACGUAUUUGUACAGCGGCACCAGUAGCACCUAUGUUUGUUCCAGUCACUACUGAGAGAUGGACACAGGCACCAGUGGUCCCUGUCUUUCAUACCUUACUGCCACCUAGCCACACACCCCAGUCAAGAACUACUAGUCCUAAACACGUCUUCGCCAUUGCCAAUAUCAAUCAACCAUCACACCCGCUUGCAGUACCCUGUUUUGAUGAAGACCCGGAUUGUGCUUCAUAUCCAUCAGUCGUUUGUACAACAAAUAAAGAAUGGGCCAGAGGAAGUUGUAGGAAAACAUGCCUCCUUUGUGAAGUCUAUCCAAAAACAACUAGGAAUCCUUUUGGAUUUGUCACACUUACUACAAAACAAGCAUUUGGAUUUGUGACACUUACUACAAAACAAGAAACUAUCACACCCAAACCUACAACAACAACACCUAAACCUACGACAACGACACCUAAACCUACGACAACGACACCUAAACCUACGACAACGACACCUAGGCCUACUACAACAACACCCAAACCUACGACAACGACACCUAAGCCUACUACAACAACACCUAAACCUACGACAACGACACCAAAACCUACUACAACAACACCUAAACCUACUACAACGACACCAAAACCUACGACAACGACACCUAAACCUACGACAACGACACCUAAACCUACGACAACGACACCAAAACCUACUACAACAACACCUAAACCUACGACAACGACACCUAAACCUACUACAACGACACCUAAACCUACAACUUCAACAUUUAAACCAGUUUCUCAGACAGGUUCUUUGACAAAUCCUACAGGAGGAUCUGCCACCAUAGUUGCGAGCUGUGAUGAUCAGGAUCCAUUCUGUGCAAUGUACCCACUGUCAAUUUGUCAACAAGACCAUGCGUGGGCUUUUGGAAGCUGUAGGAAAACGUGUGGACUCUGCCAACAUAAAUCUGUACAACCGAAACCUACAACAGCAACCCCAACACCAACAACAGCAACACCGAAACCUACAGCCAGGAGAACCACUCCGCAGCGCCAUCACUACGUCACCAUUUAGUAUCAUGUCCAAAACGCAAAGGAGGAAUAUAACUCUUUUCUGACAUAUACAUUAUUAUUUAUUUGUUCUUCAUUGAGACUGUGACAAUUGAUUUGAUUAGUCUUAAUUAACUGGGCUCCAACACACAUGCAUUUAUGUUAAACAUGGUGAAAUAAAUGUGAACUGUCAA